AUGGUGUCACCCUCCAGUCUAACAAAGUCCAAGCAAACCUCACAAGGACCUCUGGACCCUGCGGAGGCCCGCUGGACUCGAUUGGUCAAAACAACUUACGUUGACCCGCUGGGCGUUGAGCGAACCUGGGAAUCCGCUGAGCGACAGACUCGUCCAGCUACAGCCGAGAUCGACGGCGUGGGCAUCGUUUGUAUCUUGAACAAGGCUACUGGGCCGGAAUUGCUUCUCCAAAAGCAAUAUCGGCCUCCGAUUGACAAGGUUGUUAUCGAGGUUCCGGCUGGUCUCAUCGAUGCUGGGGAGACUCCCGAGCAAUGCGCGGUACGCGAGCUUAAAGAGGAGACGGGCUAUGUGGGUGUAGCAGAGCAGACGAGCCCGAUUAUGUACAAUGACCCGGGUUUCUGCAACACCAAUCUUAACAUGGUUCACGUGAGGGUGGAUAUGAGCCUGCCUGAGAACCAGAACCCAAAGCCCGAGCUUGAGGAGAAUGAAUUUAUCGAGUGUUUCACUGUUCCUUUGGCUUCCUUGUUUGAGGAAACCAAGAAGCUGGAAGAGAAGGGCUAUGCGAUUGAUGCUCGAAUCGGCACUCUGGCCGAGGGAAUGGAGUUGAUGAAGAAGUGGAAGCUGUAA